AUGCAACAUACAGCGGUCGAUGUGGGCAAUGACGCGAACAGAGAGAACCGGUGGCAGCCCGAUGAUGGAGACAGGUUGUCGACGUUCACAGCGACCGGCGACCGCGGCAACCUGCUCCGGUCGCACGCGGCCAAGUCCGCCGAGUGUCACGCGGGGUCGCCGCGCGCGCGCCGCACGCCGCGCGAGUCGCGCCGCGUGUCGCUCGCGCAACAACCGGGAUACGUACAGCUUAAUCAAUACAGGCUGCUCGAGCCUAUUGGACAAGGUUCAUACGGCAUCGUCAAGCUAGCCUACAACGAAGAAGACGAUACACAUUAUGCAAUGAAGAUCCUGUCAAAGCGCAAGCUGAUGCGGCGCGCGGGGCUGUUUGGCAGGGCUCCGCCGCGGCGCCCCGGGCCGGGCCCGCCGCCCGACCCGCUGCAACGGGUCUACAGAGAGAUCGCCGUGCUCAAGAAACUCGACCACCCCAAUGUUGUCAAGCUCGUUGAGGUCCUGGACGACCCAGCGGAGGACCAGCUGUACCUGGUGUUCCAGCUGCUAGAGGGAGGCCCAGUGAUCGACAUCCCCACGGACAAUCCUCUCAGUGAAGACCUUGCCAGGAAAUACUUCCGAGACGCACUGCUCGGAGUCGAGUACUUGCACUACCAACGCAUCGCGCAUCGCGACAUCAAGCCAGCGAACCUGCUGCUUGGCGAGGAUCGAGUGCAGGUGGCGGACCUUGGGGCGUGCGGGGAGCUAGCGGGGGCGGGGCGCUUAGCGGGGGCCGUUGGGACCCCCGCCUUCCGCGCGCCUGAGGCCGUGGCUUCACCAGAGAAGUACAAGGGAGAGGCAGCAGACAUGUGGUCGCUGGGCGUGACGCUGUAUGCGAUGGUGACGGGUCGUGUGCCCUGGACGGCGGCGUCGGGCACGGACCUGCAGCGGCGCGUGCUCACCGAGCCACUCACUUUCCCUGCGCGGCCGCAACUGUCCAGGCAGUUGAAACAUCUGCUCACGAGGAUGCUUGAGAAGGAUCCUGUCGCUAGAGCUACUAUGCAGGAGAUUAAGGAACACGAGUGGAUAACAGCUGGCGGUCGAGAGCCGCUGCCUUCGGAGCAAGAGAAUUGCCGGCUGGUGGAAGUGACUGACGAAGACAUGGAACGCGUCGUCACCUCCAUACCGAACCUCUCCACACUGAUACUUAUCAAGACCAUGCUCAAGAAACAUAGCUUCCAGAAUCCUUUCCUACGCAGCCGCGAAGGUAGCACAGCAAGACGCGAACCCAGCACCGAGUCGCCUAGUAGUGACAAGCCUGCAGCACGACGAUCCGUGCUGGCGAGGGCUGGACGGAGCUUGUCCGCGCCUGGAAACUAUCUUACUGACAGACAACAAUCCUUCGACCUGGGUUUAGAAUCUGUGGAAGAGUCUCGCGACCAGAGUCAAGACGGGGUAGAAAAGAAAGAGGGUGCAUCAUCUGAAGCCGAGGGGGGCAGGGUGAGCUCCGCGCGGUGAUACACCAAGCCGGGCCGCCUGGCCCGCCUGCUGUGCCUCAGCCGGCCGCGCAGCGCCCGAACCGCCGUCUGAGGCCAACUACUACUCAACCAAUCGAACGCUUUCUAAUGUCGUCUUCAAGUGUGCUAUUGAACGUGGCAUGGCAUCUCCAAAUUACGGUAGUACGAGAAAAUUUACGGUGCCAUGUCGUUUUACAACAUCGUCAACUUGGACAUCCAACUCGACGACAAAAUUUACGUCUUUAAUUUUAGUUUACGCUGCCGCGCCCUCUAUAUUUUUAAGUAAGUAAGUAAGAUACCCACGACAAACUUUCCUGACUAUGCUCUGCGUUGACUAGUAACAGCAGUUUGUUUCAUCCGAAAAGUUUGCUGCUCAUGCAUUCAAAAUUGUAUCCAAUGAACAAGACUUUUUGCGUCUUCUCUCGCCUUUGAAUUCGCCUAGCUAGACUAUAUGUAGUUAAACCACAUGUCUUCUAGUGUGUGAAGUCAGCUAGUUUUUGAAACGUUUAGUGAGAUGACCAAAAUGGUGUCGACUGAAAAUGUAACAAUGGACACUUAGAACUAACUUGUGUUUAAGUUUAUACUUCUAAAUGCAUUAUUUAGGUAACUAUGUGGUUAAGAAAAAUUCUAACUUAAAAUAUUUUUGAAAGGCCUCCAAAUCUUUUGACAACAUUUUUAUGGUUGAAAUUUUAAUAAUGACGCAACGUUUAUGAUAUGUCAGAUUUGGAAGCCAUUUUCAUUUCAAAUACAUUUCUAAAUGGCGAAGAAUUGAUGAAGACAUUGAACAAUUUCCUAAAGAUAUUUCAACUUAGACUUUUUAGACCGCAAUUUGUCCAAAAAUGAUUAUGGGUUAUGACUCCUUCCGAAGAUUGUAUAAUUAAAAGAGAUUAAAAUGUUAUUACCUUUCUUCAGAUGAGUUGGAAUUACUUGUUAAGAAAGUUUGCACGGUUCCCAUCAAUUCCACGGUAACUUUGCAUUUUGACCUUAGUCAAUAUAAUUACACGAUAGAUUAUUUUAGGGAGUCAAUUUAUUUUUAAUACGGAGCUGGGUGAAGGUCUGAUUUAUUGUUAGUCGGUUAUAAUUUUAGUAGUUUCAUGUUUUGUGACGUAAUGUAAGUGACGCAGGUAAACCACUCUGGCAACAUUCGCCUCUACCAAUAUGAAGUGAACAUUGAACCAACAUCAUUGUAAAUUUGUAAUUUGGAGUAAGUAGUACGACUACACUCGUGGUUUGCCUGCCAAUGGUGACAUAAAGUGAGGUUUAUAGCAAUUAUUAUAUGCGGUGUGUCGCGUCAAAUGAUAUUUUUGUAUAUUUAGUCUAUUAAAGCUAGAUUUUGUAAUUAAAUGUGAAAUAUUUUCCAUUCCUCGACUAGUCGUCAAGUUCUUAAUGAUAUUGUAAAUAAGUGAACAAGUUUUAAUAAAUUUAUGCCCCUUUUUAUAUAGAAUAAGAGAUAUGCACUUAUUAUUCUUAGGUAAGUACCCUCAUUAUUAUUUUGAGGUUCUCGUAAACUAACUAAGUACUUACGCUACUUAUACAAUUUUUUUUUAUCUACUUAAUCUUCUGUUGUCAUAUACGAAUCUGUUUAUGAUAACGUAAUUUUGCAGUGCCUUGAUUUAUCUUCAUUUCAAAGUUCACUUGUCUAUGAAUGUUUCAUUAUCUUCUAGGAGUUGCUCAAUACACAUUUGGUCUAUUGUAACUUAAAAUCCGUUGUCUGUAGUUGUAAGAAAGUAAGUGUAUAUGCACUGGACCUUAAAUUUUGAAUCGCUCUCGGCUUUUGACUUGAUACGAGUGUUCAUAAAAACCCUUUAUAACUUACCACAUAAAUCCCUUACUUCUCCUCAAAGUAUUUCCUAUGCAGCUAGACUGGACACACCUCUAGGCUUUACUCUAUCCCCUCCUUUAAUAAUAUUAAGUAAAAGACCAAUUUUAAUUGUCAAAUUAGCUUUAUUUCUAUUUCGAAUAAGUAAAAUCUUGUGCAAUUCCAAUUGGCAGUGAGCUACUUAAAUAUGUAUUGAAAGUUAUUAUAAGAGAGUCAAAAUAUAUGGAUCUCUGGUUUAUAAUCGAUUGUAGUUUCUUCAGGAGUUUAACAAUUCUUUCGAAUCUGCUAGCAGUUUCAGUUCAAAUCUUAAGCAAAAUAAAACUUUUAGAUUAUAUUUUGACUCUCAAUAACACACUGAUUGGCAGCUGUAUGGGAUCGAUUGUACCACUUAGCAGAUCUGUGAUAGCUUCACUUUAACACACUUCUUAUAUUAACUGCACUUCAUAACACUUGAUAACAGUAUAAUUAAAAGUUGUAAUCUCUUUCUAUAGUCCCUUUACAUAAAUCAACGAAUAUAAAUUUAUAAAGCUUGGCAGCAUUAAAUAAGUCGUUAUUUGUACUAAUGCAGCCGAUCUUAAGAAAUAGUCAUUUUGACAUUUUCAUUAUAAUAUUAUUAGCGUAAUGUACAGGGUCCCUAGUCAUGUCACGAGUCGUCUCAUCCCCGAUUUGUAAUUUAAGUAAAGUGGUAUGGAAUGCGUAUACGGAAGUAUAUUUGAUAAUAGCUUUAUAACCAAUGGUAAAAUCAACCUUUGACAUUCAAACUUUGUCAAGGAAAAUACCAAAACUCACACUGGUUUAUAAAAUUAUGAACAAAGAAUAAGAGCAAACCAGGUAUCGUGCCCUGAGUGACACGAGUUCUCAACAAUUUGAAACGUGCAUUUUGUGAUACGGAGCUAAGUAUACUUAAAAGCUACGUAAAUAUACUUUCUGCAUACGUUCUCUGUUUCACGAAAUUUUGUCCAAGCUUAGCGUAUAUGCGUGUUUUGUAAGUCACACGUACUUUAUCCUUUGCAAGCGAAAGGUCCAAAAUGUUAUAUUGCCUUUGAAUGUUGUGAUAGGUGAAUAGGAGUCUAAUGCUUUUGAAAUUAUAAAUAUUGUAAAGUAUGUGAGGAUUGAUGUAUAUAUUGCGGGCAUGUUUCGUAAACGCUUACGAUGUUAUUUUGAUGUAUUUGAAGAAAUGUUUAAAAUACGAAAGAGAGAGUCAUAGUACCGAUGACAUAAUUAAAGACACAACAACAACACAACAAUGAUACAACAAUGUCAUAAUUAAAGUUUACGAAACAACGUCCCCUGAUAACUUUUCAGUCAUUCAUAUAAAUAUUAUUUUCCAUAGAAUUAGAUUUCAAAUCGAAUUAUACCUAAAUAAAACAAAUCUCUGCGUUUGCUAAUCAAACAAGUAGUUGUAAGCAGCAAAUUCAGCCAACGUUUGCAAUUUAACCGAAUCUAAAGGUUUCAUGUAAAUGUCUUCUGCAUUGUUGAUUCUUUCAAUUUUAUUGAAAGAUUUAAUAAAAUUUUAAUGAUAUUGA